AUGCCUUUUUUACCUAGACGUAACCCCCAAUACCGUAAUUUGCAGGUUUGCGAGCUGCUCAACAUCCCCAACAACCCAGCAUCGGCAUACGGCAUUGCGCGUAACAAGCACAGUUCUCGAGUGGCGCUGGCCGAGGCUGGUCUACGAACACCCAAGAGUGCCACCAUGUCUUCGUUGGAUGAUGUCGAUGAAGCCAUGAAGAAGGUCCCCUUCCCGUUGGUUGUAAAACCCACCGCUGGUGCUGGUUCGAUGGGUGUAUUCAGAGCUAACACCGAGGAUGAUUUGAAGAUGUACGUAGGAAGAGUCUUCGAGGAAAUUGCAAAGAGUCAAAUCUUGGCCCAAAAUCCUGGUGUCUCAAAUGAGGCCCCCUGCAUGAUCGAAGAGUUCCUUCAGCCCAAGAAGUUCGGAAACCUGCCAGUUGGAGAGUUCGAUGUCGAUGUGCUGAUGUGGAAUGGAGAGUCCGUCUACGCACGUGUUUGUGACAACUGGCUGCCAAGUCCUCCGUAUUUCCUGGAGAAUGGCAGUAAUUUCCCCUCUGUAGUUCCCGAGGACGUCCAGAAGGAGUUGGAAAAGUACUCAGUGGACUGUUGCAAGGCUAUGGGCUUCAACAGAGGAGCCUUCCACGUAGAGUGCAUAUACACAGAGGAGGGUGCUCAGCUGAUCGAGGUCAACCCUCGUGUGGGCGGUGGACCUGACGAGCACUUCCAUCUGAGUGUCACGGGUGUGCACAUGACCCAAAACUUCCUGCUAUCUAUGAUGGAUAUCCCCAUCAACCCCCCUCGCGCCGACAAGGAUCGCAAGUGCAUUGUGCACUACGAUGUGUGCUGCCCCAAGACGGGCAGGUUAGACAACCUAAACUUUUUCAGAGAGGCGCUUGAAAACAAGUAUCUGGUCAGUCACGAGUUCUAUGUGAAGGAAGGCAUUGAUGUCAUUGGCUUUGACACCACCAUCCCCCAGUGGCUGGGUGCUUUGUUCAUGGAGGGUGCACCCGAGGAAGCCGCCGAAGUUGUGUUGGCUAUGGAGAAGGAGGGUAACCGUUUGCUCGACCUGGUUGAAGUGACGCCUAAGGACAUGACAAUCAAGCGCAGAGGAUCAAGGAAAGCAUCCGUGUUCAUCGAUGGAGACUUGCCCAGCUUUGAGCCCAAGGCUCAACGCAAACAGUCAGUGUCUGACGAGUAGAUAAAUAUGAUGCGUGUUCUGAGACCGGACGAAUACGCCCCAUAGCUGGUAUAUACAAACUGCAAUUGUGCCGUAAUGACAUUAGAAGGGGUUACUGCAGGUUUCGCUGAUGUCAUAUACGAGUAGCAACAGAACCUCACUAGCAGUUUUUAUCAAUAAAAGCAAUGCAAAUGG